GGCAGAGUUGGUAGCGUUGAUUCGUGACCAGAUGCCGAUUUUACCCUCCGAAGCUGUCCCUAAACCGGGUGUAUCCCGGGGAUGCGUAGCGUGUCUAAAGAAAGACAGAAGGGGAAAGGCGCGACGGCACAGCGAUCCGUGAAGGGUUGGAGACGACGCGAUACGGUCCCUGCCCCGGACCACUCCCCGGUCUAUCGCCGCCUCCUUUGUGUCCGCUGUGGAGAGCCGCGCGGAGGGAGUCGUGGUGGCUCCACACGGGCCUCAGGGCCUCUCUCGCCGGACCAUCCUCUCCUCCUCCGCCUCUUCUCCUCCGCCCCGUUCCCGAAACCACCGCGAAUCCCCUCCUCCUCCUCCUCCUCCUGUCCCGUUGUGGCAGCAGAACUGGUUCUUGGCCCUCCUCCUUGUGAUGUCUUUCUCCUUCUUCGCUUUCGCCUUGUUCCUCUACCUGGGCCUCGAUGUCCCCGAGGCCUCUGUCUCCGCCGCCGCCUCUGAGGGCGUCGAGAUAACCUAUGGGAGCGUGAUCAAGCUGAUGCACGAGAGAACUAAGUGCCGGCUGCACUCGCAUGAGGUUCCAUAUGGAUCGGGAAGCGGGCAGCAGUCGGUCACCGGAUUUCCCAAUGUCGAUGAUUCCAAUAGCUAUUGGAUUAUAAGGCCUCUACCAGAUUCAUCUGCUCAACAGGGUGAUUCCAUACCAAAUGGAUCGAUCAUACGAAUGCAACAUAUGAGAACUCGAAAAUGGCUGCAUAGCCACUUGCAUGCAUCGCCCAUAACUGGUAAUUUGGAGGUUAGCUGUUUUGGAGGUGAUAGAGAGUCAGAUACUGGAGAUUACUGGCGGCUUGAAAUUGAGGAGAAUGGGAAAACAUGGAGGCAAGACCAGAGAAUAAGACUGCAACAUGUUGAUACUGGUGGUUAUCUACACAGUCAUAACAAGAAAUACUCUCGUAUAGCCGGUGGGCAGCAGGAGGUCUGCGGUGUUAGAGAAAAGCGUCCUGACAAUGUCUGGCUGGCAGCAGAGGGUGUCUAUCUCCCAGUAAAUGGAAGCAAGUAAACAAUUACUUCAUUUUGCAAAUAGGUGCUGAUAACCAAACAGGACAAUUAUCAAAGUGCGAUCACUGGUGAAGCUGUUGUUGCUGAUGUAACUAAAAUAUUUGUAUCAACCUUCUAAUUCAAACUAGCUUAUACCAAUUAGUCAGGCACAAUAGAUCAUUUCUUGUUACACAAUGGUUACUAUUUUGUACAAGAUUCACCGUCUUAAUAUCGAUCUCAUAAUAGUACCAUUUUAUUA